UUGCUGGAUUCAGUUACGCGUCGUCUGGCGGAGUGUGCACAACAUGGCCAUCGAUGAGCCGCAAGUGAUUGCGAUUAGCAUCACCAGCAAGCCGCAGGUGGGCUAUCUGCAAACGGAGUCUACCAUGGUCAACUGUCCGGCCUGCGAACACUUCGAGUGGAGCGUGGUCCAAUUGGAGGCGGCCACCUGUCUGCAGCGACUUCUUAGCGUCACAAAACUGUGCAAAAGCUGGCGAGGGCGUGCGGACAUUAAUCACUAUUGUGGCCACUGUGGCUGCUACAUUGGACGCUAUGUUCCCAUUGACUGCUAUGAACGUUGUCUCUCGAACUCAGCACGCAAGCAGGCGGCUGUGGAUGACAUGCGGUUGAAGACGAAGCCCAAGGAUUGCGCUGUGCGUGCGCAAAAGUCAAGGGAACGUGUGUUGGCCCAGCGCGCCGAGCAGCGUGAGAAGCGGGAGCGAGAACGUGAGCAGAGGGAGCAGCAACAACAACAACAGAAUCAAACUGUGGUGUUAACAGUGGCGGCCAAACAGCAAUGAGAGCUAGUCAGGGUUGUUGUCUUCGCUAAAGUUAAGUUGGCUAAGCUUUGUGCAAAAGCUUUCUUCGGGUCGCAGUUCAAAUAUAUUUAUACUAUGCUUGUUAUUUAUUCGAGUGGAAUGCACUAUGAGAAAUAUUCUGAAUUUAAACAAGAAAGUCGAGUAUCCUCGCUGUAAGAUACCCGAUAACCAUUUUUAAUAGAAGCAAAACAGUGCAUACCGCACUGUCUUAAAAUAUACCAAAUUACUAUAACGAGAAAAAACAAAAAUUUACCAAAGUAUAUCAAUAUUCUUUAAAAAUACAUCAUAGAGUAAAAAAUAUAUCAGAUUAUCAGCCGAAGCUUCUAAGACUCGACUGCAGCAGCCGUUUUUGGCAUUAAAAAAUAUUUCUUAAAUAACUUUUACCAUUUUUUGCAAUACUGCAGUAUUGCAGUCGCAGUUUAAAUACUUGAUAUUAAUUCA